AUGGAUGUGGAUGCUGAGGAGGCGAUGUGGACAGUUCUCCAACGUUUUGGUCUGGGUGGUAAGAAACUAGCUGUUUACAGACCGGAUGAUGCACACGACAUUGCAGAGCAGGUUUGUCAUGAGGUCAAACACCGUGCACAAGAUGAACAAGACGAUGCAAAGAGAAAAUGGGAAAUAGACCUAAAAGAGAAAUGGUCAAGGGAGUUGUACAUACAGUUAGCUGCAAUCAAUGCGCCAAUCUUACAGGGCAUGGACUUCUGUGUCGGUUCGGAGCGUAUUCAUUUGGCCUUGGCUGGGAAAACAAGGGGAUCAACUUUGAAGCGAUAUGUCAAGGCUUGGAAGGCUUGGCAACUAUGGAAGAAAGUGACAAAGACCUCAGGGCCGGGGAAGAGAGUGCAAGAGUUGCCAGUUUGUGUUUCUGAACAAGCUUUCGUUUGGAGUGCGAAAUGGAUUCCAACUGGUUUUGAUUUACUCAAAAGGAAUGCUGACUUUGACAGGGAUUACCUGAUACCCAGGUUUGCAGAGGACUGGAAAGGGUUCAGGAAAAAGUAUGCCACUUAUGCAGACAUGACGGCAUAUUCAACUUACUUGCGCAAGACCUUGAUAAGGUCUAGUGAUUGGGAAAUGUUGAUCCCGGAGGAUCUUGCAACUUUCUGGACAGAACACUCUGAACGUGCAACUUUCCCAACGGGUAUUGCAAUGUUAGGUGUGCAGACCACUGACAGGAAUCUGAUUGGCAGGUGGAAACCAGAGGCCAGUGACACUUAUAUCAGAUCUUACAAUGGUUUGGUUGCCAACUUGCAGUUGAAGUUUGCCAAAGCUUUGAGGAAACCGGAUCGCAUGAAAAUCCUGGAUGAGGUAGACAUCCUGGAGUCUGCAGGAGCAUGGCUGAGGAAUCAGGGAAAGCCGGUAGCAACAGCAGUUACACUGGAAGAAACUCUGAAACUGGGCAACUCAGAUUUGCGUUUCACGUUUGAGCGGAACGAGGUGCCAGAGGAGGCGGACUUGAUACAAGUGCUCAGAGAUGAUUUCCAUGUUGAUGCUGCAGCUUCCUUGGGCGAUCGCGCAAAAGUUGCAGCGGUGAUUUGCUCUUGGAAAGAAGUCAGUACCAAAGCAAAGAGACAGGCGGAGGUCGAAGCAGAAAUGAAUACAAGGGAAUGGACCAAACCUAUUCCUACAGGAGACUAUGUGCAGCUUCGCAAUGCCUAUCAACAGGCGAUGGGGCAUCUGGAGGACAAAGUUACGCCUGCAAAGGGGUACCUGGAGAAGAAACUACAGGAGCUGGAGAAUGGAGAGUUCAGAGCAGAGACCUUGUCAGAAGUAGUGAGCAAGGACGAAGUAGACCCAGACGUUUUGGUGCCGAUCUUUGAUGCCAAAGGAUCUCUCAGUGUGAAGAAAGGUUCAUCCACAGUGGCUUUACCCACAGGGCCGGAGCAAUUGAGAAGGCGGUUGAGCGUCAUGCAAAAUUGCAUCAUGAUGCUGGCUUUGAAACAUGUCAAUAGGGAAGAGAUUCAAGACGUGGACAAAGAUGUCUUUGAUAGAUACAAGGACUACCUGCUGGGAGAUUACGUUUGGGGUCUUAGCUCAACGGACCUUCAAGGGCAACAGAUUCAGACACCACCUUGGAGCUUGGUCCUGUCCUAUGAGCAGGCUAUCAGAAAGAGAGCCUAUGUGAUCAUGAUCAAAGAAAGGCUACAACUUGGUGCAGCCCUGGAACAAGCUUGGAAGUGCCCGACAGUGAAAGAGAGGCAUUUCAUAACGCCAUUGGCGCUAUACUCAAAGCGUUCUUAUGGAGCUUCUUCAUCGUCUGCACCUUCACGGGGGCUUUGGAAUGCAAAGGGCAAAGGCAAGACAAAAUCCCCAAAGGGAUCCUCCAAGGGAAAAGGACAAGGACCGGCAGGAGAGAAGUACUGCUAUCGGUUCAACAAGGGCAUGUGCAAGCACAAGGGUUGCAAGUUCGCGCAUAUUUGCAGCAAAUGCUUCAAGAAGGGUCACAACGCUUUGAACUGCAAGGAGAGCAGCCCGGGCUACAUGGGCGAACCAAAAAGGACCAAGACCGGUCCGGUCUUAUGUGCAGCCAAGAGGGCUACAGCGAUUGACGUGGUCGGUUUGGCUUCACCAGGGCGUUGGGACCUGGAACGUAGGACAUGGAACACAGAUGACUUUUGGAAGAAACUUAGGGAAGGAUCCUUGCGCUUGGUUUUGGAAAGCUGCGGGGGUUGGCAAAAGUUUGACUUGGAGUGUUUUCAAAUGGCAGCCAAGGGUGAACAGGGCUGCAACCUGGUUCGAGAUCAAGGCCUACAGUCAAAACUGGUGGAUCUUUGGAUCACACUUUUGGGAGAAGAGGGAUAUGAAACUGAAGGUCUGGGGGAAAUUGCAGAUGGACAGCCAUUCAGGCUGAAGCUCAUGCAAGCGCUGUCAGAACGAGCAGGAGACCCAGACCACCGUUUUCUUUUGCAAGGCCAAGAAGGUUUUCCAGUAGGGGUCCUACACCAGCUGCCUAGGACCCCUCAUAUGUAUGAGGAGCAGACAGCUUGGAAGUUGGAAGAGGAUCCAUAUAUGUGUGAAGAAAUCUGGCGAGACAACUAUGAGUCAGUCCAGGACCAUGAGGAGUUCGUGCGUGAACACUUUAAAGCUGAGUGCGAAGAAGGGCUCAUGGAAAAGAUGUCGCUUGAAGAGGCGAAGAGGCGUUUUGGGGAUAAGAUUGCAAUCUCAUCCCUUUCAGUUCUGGUGGAAGAAGCUCAUGGUAACAAGCGGCGUAUAAUACAUGAUGCAACUCAUGGGACGAAGAUCAACAACAGAAUCAAGUGCCGGGACAAACAAAGGAGCCCAGGGGCACGGGAGAAAAUGUACUUGCUGGCCUAUUACAAAGACAAAGGCAAUGUGAUCUUCAGCCUUGUGGGUGACAUUAGCAAGGCUCACCGGCGCUUCCUGCACCACCCCAGCGAAAGGGGCCUUCUUGCAUGCAGAGUUCUUUCCACCGAUGACCAUGUGUACAUUAACAAUGUGGGAACGUUUGGAGUGGCUUCAGCAUCAUAUUGGUGGGGGCGCAUUGCAGGAUCAGGCCUGAGACUGGUCCAUGAGUUGAUAGGACCGGAGAUGCCAGUGGAGAUGUUGAUAUUUGCAGAUGACCUGGAGGCGCUUGGGCCAGACAGGCAAGGGAGAAGGGGUGUGGUGCUGGCGUUUCUUUACUUAGCAGUUCUUGGCUUCCCAUUUAAGUGGGCAAAGCAGAGAGGUGGCUUGAAAGUGGAGUGGAUAGGACUUUUUGCAGAUUACACCAGCAUGAAACUUGGUCUUUCGCCCUCAAGGGCAGCUUGGGUUGCAAAGUGGACCAAAGGUCUUGCGGAAUCAGGCAAUGCAACUGCGAAAGAGAUGGAGCAGGGACUUGGACGUUUAUGUUUCGCUGCAAACGCUCUCUUGUGGGAGCGUCCUUUCUUGGGGCCAUUGUUUUCUUGGACAGCUGCAAUACGGAACAAGAGAGGUACUCUGAAGCUGCCUGCGAUGCUACGCACCAUUCUCUUCUUCCUUGGACGACGCGUGGAGGAAGGUGGUGACUUGCAGACUCCACCACCUUUGAAGAGGAGAGCAACUCCCGAUGUGGUUUUCUUUACAGAUGCGAAAGCAACUGACACUGGCGCAUGGAUAGGUACCGACAAUCAAGGGAACACAUACGCUGUCAACAAGCUCAUGAGUACCAAGUUUCCACUGACCCUAUUGGUGUUGGAGCUAUCAGAAACUUUGAGGCUUAGGAAUUGCGAGUUGGGCUUGGAAUGGAUACCGCGUGAAUACAACCAACUAGCGGAUGACCUCACCAAUGAGGAUUUUAGCAAAUUCCCUGGCGAGCGGAGAGUUCAAUGGGUUGGAGGAAACACCAAAUGGUACGUGCUUGAUGGGCUAAUGGAUAAAGCAAAGGAAUUCUUCACAGAACUUCAGAAAGCCAAGCUUGAGAACAAAGGCAAGAAGAAAAGAGCUUCUCCAAAACAAAAGAAGAAACUGGACCAUUGGUGA